AUGAAGGAUACCUCAGGAAUAGCAAAUUUACUAAACACAACUGGCUCAAAGAAGGGCCGGAAAGCAGUGUUUCAUCCUAAAGAAUCAAACAUCUCAGAAGUGGAUUCUACACACAACUUCGAAGUCAGAAGAAAGGAUGAGAAUGAAAAAUUUCAGAUGUACAACUUGCAAGAAAGAAUGGGACAGACAUACAAAGAGUUCAGUGAGACUGAGGAUGAUGAUUACCUGUAUUGUGAGAAGUGUCAGAAGUUCUUCCUGAAAAGCUGUGCUACUCAUGGACCCCCAGUGUUUCUAAAGGACAACCCAGUGGAUAAGGGACAUCCUAGUCGUGCUCUCCUCAGUGUGCCCACUGGGCUUCGAAUUGGUCCAUCCAGCAUUCCUGAAGCUGGGCUUGGAGUGUUUAAUGAAGCAUCUGAUCUACCACUGGGGUUGCACUUUGGUCCUUUUGAGGGCAAGAUCAUAGAAGUGGAACAGGAAGCCAAUAGUGGGUACAGCUGGCAGAUAGCCAAAGGGAGAAACAGUUAUGAGUACGUGGAUGGAAAGGACACUUCUUUGGCCAACUGGAUGAGGUAUGUGAACUGUGCUCGGAAUGAUGAGGAGCAAAAUUUGGUGGCCUUCCAAUACCACAGACAGAUAUUUUACCGUACCUGCCAAGUCAUCAAACCAGGCUGUGAACUUCAAAUAUGGUAUGUGGAUGAGUAUGGCCAGAAGCUGGGUAUGAAACGAAGCAGAAACACCUCUGAAGUGAAUGACACCGAGUUCCAGUGCACCCUGACAGCAUGUUGGAAUGCUGGAGUUAUAUUGGAUAGUAGGCAGAGCAAGGCCGUGGGUGCGUGUGUUCGGAGGAAAUCUGGAGGAGGACUGACAGUCUCUGGCAGAGGCGACACUUCUGCGUGA